AUGCGAAUUUUAAUAAUUAAUUGCUAUGAUAACAAAGACCUUGAAAAAUUUUAACAUUUUCAAUUUCAUGUCAUGAAAGUAUAAUAUAAUACUAAUAUAGUAUUUAGCUGAAUAAAAAGAGUUAAUAGAUACAGAAAAUGAAUUUUAUGUUCGUAAUAGGGAUACUAUUGAAGAUUUCCUAUAUGAAGUAGAAAGUUCUUAUGUGAAAAAGGAAGCAGCUCAAAAAUUCGAUCAACUUGAUGUAAUAUUUAUUAUUGGAGAUUGUCAUACUAGACCUUGGGCUGUUCAUAUGGGUAUUAAUUAAGAAUCACAGUUAGCAAAAAUAUUAGUUUUGUUGAGGAUGAGUUUGAGAGUAUAGAAGUUACUAUUUGCUUCUGGAUUUGCCAUGUAAGCCUUAGUAUAUCUAUCAGCAUCUAAUAUUGAAAGAGUAUGAACAUAAUAUUAUAUAAGCCUAUAAACCUAAUUAAUUAGAAUGGGGGUAAAUUAUCAGAUUUAAGGGAGUUAAAAAUCUAAAUAUAGUAAAGUGAUAUGUUUUUAGAAAAUACAUCAGGAGAUUUAUAUGUAUUUAAUUAUGAAACUUCUGAAUGGAUUCCUAAAUUAAAUGUUGGUAUACAUUUAAGGAGUGCAGCACAAGAAUUCUAAUCAAUAGGAAAGUAUGUGGUUAAGGCUCCUAUUUAUAAGCCAAAACAAAUGGGUUCAUCUAUAAGUAAAAAUAAAAAUACAGAAACUGUUGUUUCAAUUAGAAAUGUGUAUUUAUAACAUUGGGUAUUAUUACUUAUAUAAAUUAAUUAAAGGCAUUUAAAGAUAUGGAAUCUCGAUUUUUAGCUCCAUUAUUAAAUAAAUGGGAUGUUCAUAACUUCUAAUUUAAUAAUUCAGAAAAAAAAUUUAUUUGUCUUGCAGAAAGUGAUGAAGGACCAUCUAUUAUUGAAUAUCCAAAAGCUUUAGCUUGCAUGUUUGAAAUAGAUACUAAAUAUCCUUUCACAAAUAUAUUGCUUAAAAACUUUGUUUAAUAUGCAAUGUACAAUAUCAAAAUCUCAAAGUAAAUAUAAUUAAUAUAUAUUUAAGUGCUUCAAAACCUUUUGAUUCAAUUGAAAAUUAUCAUAAAGUUAAUACAAAAACUUCAUCUAUUUUAGAUCUCUUAAAAAACAAUAAUCAUUAAAACCAAAAGAAAAGUACUCUCGAAUUAAUGUAGAUUAGAGGUAAAAAUGGAAUAGCUUCUUAAAGUCAAUAAAAAUUAGCUCAUGCAUAAGAGGAAUAAAAAUUUUAAUCAAUAUAAAAUAGUAUGAAAAGAAGAAGCAGUAUAGCUCAUGUUGGAUUUACAUUAAAUAAAAAUGUACCUAUAAGGCCAGUAGAAAUAAAUGCUGUUGGAAAAAGAAGGAUUAAAUACUAAUAAGGAUAAUAGCAUUCAAGAAAGAUAAGUGCUGAUGAAGCAUAUUUAAAAUCAUAACGAGAUAGUGAAGAUGAUAUUUUUAAUGAGCCAGAAAUAAUAUAGAAAACAUAAACAUUAAAGACACCUAGCCAAUCAGAAAUAAGAAAAUUGUUACAUCCUGAAAUUUCAAAAUCUUGUUUGGAAGUAAGAGAAAUUUGGAUUCCAGGACAUUUAUCAGAAUAUUAAAAAACAUAAGGAGAUAAAAGAAUAUGUAAGAUUGGAGGAUCUUUUCAAUCUACUCAAUCUACUUAAAUGAAGAGAUGGAUUUGA